UGUGAGACACCAGGUAUUAAGACUCUAUGCAAUCUAAGGACGCUUCUGAACAAACUCCAGAAAGACCACAGAGAUGAGGUCUACAUGUACACCUCCGGACACCUGAACCCCAGCAAGCUCUACAGGCCUCUGGAGACAAUCCUGCAUCACUGGCCCAAUGCCAACAGGCCCAAGGAGGCAAACGUCUUUGGAGUAGAAAAGCCAUCUGAUAAGAAGAUUAAAAAGAUGAAAGAUGCUUUAGCUUAUUUUACCAUCAACACAGCUGUGGGCCCAAACGAUGCCGAGAUCACACCACUCUUCAGGUGUUUGAACCCUCUGACACAUGGUUCCCACACUUCGGAGGAGGAUUUGAUUCCAAAGAAGGGUUUGAGGGAGGAAGGGCCCCCCGAACGGCCAAAGAGAGAAGAGCUAAGAUGGCCCAAGAUGAAGGUUCUGAAGCACAAAGAAGUGAAGUCCAGCCGUGAGUGUGCGAUGCGCCCCCCAGGCAGGGACGAGCUCCUCAGCUCACUCUUGGCUGGCGUAACAAAAGCACACAAGUACAGGAGGUUCCUGAGUUUCCAGAAACAAGUUCUUGCAAAGCAGGAUGUCUUGAAGAGUGACUUCUCUGGGAGCAAGGUGGUGAUGUGCCAUGAAAAGAAGUUGGAGCAGAAGCUCCAGAAAACAUGUGUCUGUGACCCUGAAGAGUUCAACAGACUACAGGUCUUUGGAGAAGUCUUUGAAGAUAUUUGCAAUAGUUCUUUGAUAUUUGGUGAUAUCUUGAAAGAAAUUAAGGACAAAUAUGAACUCUACAUGUUAUUACUUCUGAAGACCCAGCCCACAGAACAGUAUAAGACUUUGCUGACUCACAUCCAGGGGCUGGAGACGAGGAGGGUGAGGACCGCAGAUGUCAACCAGGCCAGGGAGGAGCUGAGGGCGCUCGUGGUGGCCAUCAAAGCAUCCCUGGACCGUAAUGACAAACUCAGAAGUGAAUUGGCGCUGGAACGCAUGUUGCUGCAAUCCACUAAGAAGAGAUCAGAAUCACCUGAGAAAAAUGUAAUGAAGGAGGAACGCCUUACUCUUAUUGAGAAGGUUGAAAAAAAAAGGUGUGAAGUGCUUAAUAAAUGGGAUGAAAUUCAAGCUCUUGAAAGAGAAAUUAAAACAACUUUGGUUCAUACUGGAAUUUUGCAUAUCACCGAGAAUAAGAUUCAUAGCUUAGAGGCUGAAACUAUAAAGUUGGAAACAGCAAAUAAAAUUUUAAAGAAGAAAAUACAAGAACCUUUGGGAAUUUAUUAAAGAAUAUGUAAAAUUAAAACAGACAGAUAA